GCUGCGCUCUUUCCUUUUGGUUUCUUGACGAGAAAUCAUCAAUUCAUUUUAGCGUGUUCCACGUUUCGUGUCGAUACGACUUAAAAACAUGCGUUACGUGGCCGCUUACUUAUUGGCUGUCCUUGGUGGCAAAGCCGCACCAUCCCAGAAUGACAUCGAAAAAAUUCUUUCAUCUGUCGGUAUCGAAGCCGAUGCUGAAAAACUUAAGAAAGUAAUCACUUCACUCGAGGGUAAAUCUAUCGAGGAAUUGAUUGCUGAAGGCCGUACAAAAUUAUCUUCCAUGCCAGUUGGUGGUGGUGUUGCUGCUGCUGCAGCAGCUCCAGGUGCCGCAGCCGCAGCUCCUGCUGCUGAAGAGAAAAAAGAAGAUAAGAAAGCCGCCAAAGAAGACUCUGAAUCUGAAGACGAUGACAUGGGCUUCGGUCUAUUUGACUAAAAUGAUCAUCAAAAAAUUUAAUUAUUCAUUAGCAUCAUCAUUACCAUCUACUGUUGACACAUUUAUACAUUUGUUUUAAUCUGCUGAUGAAUAAAUAAUUUUUUUACUGUA